AUGGAUGUGACAUGGACUCUACUGCGGGCCCUAGCAAUUGAAGUGAAAAUGACUGAUGAAACAAUAAAAUUGACAGUUAUAUCACAAGUUGCUCUAACAAAGACCAAGGGAGUGAAGACACACAGGACUGCAGAUAGAACUAUUGCUAAUCAGGCUGUUGCAAGUGCCAGCAUUACACCUUACGCUCUCUGGCAGUUCAGGAAGAUGAUAAAGUGUGUGCUCCCUGACAGUUCUCCCAUCCUGGACUUCAAUAAUUAUGGGUGUAACUGUGGCUUUGGCGGUACUGGAACAUGUGUUGACGAGUUGGACAGGUGUUGCCUGAAUCAUGACAGAUGCUAUACGAAUGCAAGAGCUGAUCACUGCAGUUCUCUGGCAGACAGCCCUUACAUUGAAAGUUAUCACUACUCUUGCUCUGGGAAUCAGAUCUCCUGCAGCAGCAAGAACGAUCCCUGUGAGGCUGCUAUUUGUAACUGUGACCGCACAGCAGCCAUCUGCUUCUCCAAGGCCCCUUAUAACCCUCAGCAUAAAGGUCUGGACAAGAAUAAGUACUGCUGACAGCUGGGCAGAAUUAAGAAUUGAACAAAAAUUAAUAAAACUUCUUUUGCUGUUU